AUGAAGAUUCCUGGCUUACUCUUUCUCUUCUUAGCAACCUUUUGGGUCUCUCCAGGGGAAGGGCAGAGCCAACAGCUAAGGUCCAUGCGAUGUAACCGAAAGUCUACCUUUACACAGAACACACCUUGUACUUCCUGUGCAAUAGCUCCCAGGCUGUCAUGUCCAACUGGAAUGGUCAGAAUGGCCCAGGGGGCAGGGAGAUGCAGGUAUACCGUAAAGCUGAGUGGGGAGACCCUUUCGUUGCAAGGUUGCACUUAUCUGUGUAAGAAGGAUAUGGAGGAGGAGCAGUGCUGCCCUGGAUUCUGGGGUUCUGAAUGCUAUGAAUGCCCUGGUGGAAGAGGCAAUGUUUGCGGUGGCCAUGGGGUGUGUCUGGACGGUGUGACGCAGAAUGGAACGUGCAUCUGCAUGGAGAACUAUGGUGGCUACGCAUGCCAAGAUUGCCAGGAUAAGAAUCAUUUUGGACCUGACUGUCAAUCUGUAUGCGAGUGUCAGCAUGGAAUCUGCAACCAUGGACCCUCUGGUGAUGGAAGCUGUACCUGCUAUGCUGGCUACACUGGUCCAAAGUGUGACCAAGAGCUGUCCAGUUGUGGAGGUGUGAUAUGUCAAGCCAACUCUCUUUGUGUGACAAAGGACGGGCAGCCCAGGUGUGAAUGCAUGCCGGGGUACAGGAAACAUGGGAGCUACUGUCAAGCCCAGGACCCCUGCAGUUCUUCCCCGUGCUCAGUGUUUGCAACCUGCAAGGCUGUUGCGCCGAUCGACUAUGAAUGCACAUGCAAGGAAGGGUACCACGGGAAUGGCCGGAUAUGCCAACCCAUAAAUCCCUGUCUCACUGACAACGGAGGCUGCCCUAAGAACUCCACUAUCUGUGCAUUCGAACGUGCAGGAGAGUCAACUUGCUUGUGUAAGACAGGAAUGUCCAGGAGCAGCAGGCAAUGGGGAAAUAGAAUGGGUUGUUCGCCCAUCAACUUCCGUAGAUGCUUUCAUUUCAGCUGUGACAGCAGUUCAAUAUGUGAAGAGGACCCCAGUGGGACUGUCAAGUGUGUCUGCCAGGAUGGAAAGAUUGGGGAUGGCAGACUCUGCUACUCAAGCAUCAUGCAGGAGAUCCUUUCACUGAAUAGAAAACUUUUUGGCAGAACCGGAUAUCGCUUAUUUGAACUGGGUUGCGAAUUAAUGCUGAACAAAUAUGGACCUUUCACAGUGUUUUUGCCACUAGUUUCUUAUUCCAGAGAAACUGGCAGUGAUAGCUCAUUGGAAGAGAACUUGUGCAAAACACACAUAAUACUUGGACAGCAUUUGUGGUCUGACUUGGUCAAAACAAGAAUCCUGAGGACAUUGUCUGGACAUACAGUGACAUUCACUAGCCAGUACUACCAGUUUUCAGAUGCCCCACAACAAUACUAUAUGCUGAGACAAGGGAAUUUGCCAGCUGCUAACGGCAUUAUACACACUGUCAGUCUAAUGAGGAAACAACCUGCCUUGGACAACCUUGGAAAUGUUCAGAAAACAAUUGCAGAGAUUCUUGCUUCCGCAGAAGUUGCCAGCCGCUUUGAAACCAUCCUGGAAAACUGUGAUAUGCCUUCAAUCCUGGACAACCCUGGACCUUUUACUGUAUUUGUACCAAGUAAUGAAGCUGUGGAUAAAUUAAGAGAUGGAAGGCUAAUUUAUCUCUUCACACAGGGAAUAAACAAGCUUCAGGAACUUGUGAAGCAUCAUAUCUACCCAAGAGGAGCGGUGAAAGCUGAAAAACUGGUGACCAUGCCACAUAUUCUCACUAUGGCAAAUCAGAUGCUGACAGUCCGUAUCAGCGAAGAUGGAAAGCUUCAGCUUGGUGAUGCCGCCGUUGCCUUAAGCACAAUGGACAUUGUGGCAUCCAACGGUGUCAUUCAUCUGCUGGAUGGGAUCUUCAUUCCUCCGUCUAUAGUCCCCAUUCUGCCAAACAGGUGCAGUGAGCUGCAUUACAGAAUCAAAGAGGGAUCUUGUGUUGACUGUGGGGCCCUUAAUACCAGCAUUUGCCCACCCGACAGCAAACCUGUGGAGGAUGGGAGCUUUCCCGAAGACUGUACUUACAUCCAUGAUUCAUUAGGCCUGCACACCAUAAAGAAGGGUUGCAGGAGAAGCUGCAACCAAACUGUUACGACGCCUGGAUGCUGCAAAGGGUUCUUUGGUCCCAACUGCAUCCCAUGCCCUGGUGGAUUUAGCAACGCUUGCUAUGGCAGAGGAGAGUGCUCUGGUGGUAUUAAAGGGAAUGGCCAGUGCCACUGCUUCCCGGGCUUCAAAGGCAUUGCCUGCCACAUCUGCUCAGACCCGAACAAGCAUGGGAAGAACUGUGAUGAAGACUGUGGAUGCAUCCAUGGAAUUUGUGAUAACAGACCAGGCAGCAGAGGUGUGUGCCAGCCACGGACAUGUAAAGCCGGAUACUCAGGGGAAUUCUGUGACAAGAGCAGCCAUAACUGCGGGCCGCCGGAUGCCUCUCUGUACUGCCAUGUGAAUGCAGUCUGCAGCAUCAACACGACUGCCAGGUGCAUCUGCCUUGAUGGGUAUGAAGGGGAUGGAUUUUCCUGCAAGCCCAUUGAUAUCUGCAGUGAGCCAGAAUGGGCAGGAUGUUCAGAAAACGCCGUGUGCACCAGGACAGGCCCUGGGACAGCAACCUGCCAGUGCAACAAGGGUUGGACCGGCGAUGGCAAGGCCUGUGUUGCCAUUGACAACUGCGCGGCAGAGACCCGAGGAGGCUGCCACGCCAAUGCUGACUGCAACUAUAUUGGGCCUGGACAGAGCAGCUGCGUGUGCAAGCAAGGCUACGAUGGUGAUGGCUACAGCUGCGACCCCAUUGAUCCUUGCUUGACUGACAACGGCGGUUGCCAUGAAUUGGCUGUAUGCCAGACUCGUGGCCCUGGGGAGAAGGUUUGCCAGUGUCCUGAAGGCUACAUGGGAGAUGGAACUCUGUGUUAUGGUGAUGUUAUCAAGGAAUUAGCAAGGAACUACCACUUUUUAACCUUCUAUGAAUGGGUGAAGAAAUCCCUCUUCAGCUUCCCGCAGAAAGCCAAUGUGACAGUCCUGGUACCAUUAAAGACGGCCAUCCAAAACCUGAGUGACGCUGAAAAAGAUUUCUGGCUAGAACCUGACAUGCUGCUAACUCUAGUCAGAGCACACAUCCUCCAAGGUUCUUUCAUGACUGAGCAACUCAAGGCAUAUGUUGGACAAGAACUGUCCACCCUCAACCCGCAGACCAGGUGGAGGAUAAGUAACAGCAGUGGGGUUGUGACCAUUCAGAAUGCGAGCAUUGUAGUCGGUGACAUUCCUGCUAUCAACAGCACAAUUUAUAUCAUUGAUAAGGUUUUGCUACCAGCAUCAGGCAAUGUCCCGCCAACUCUGCCAGGUCUGCAGCAGCAACUUAAUGCAACACCCUCCUUCAGCCAGUUCAAAGACCUGCUAGAGCAAUACGAGUUGAUUGGAGACAUCGAAUCAGCAAAAAAAUACACUAUUUUUGUACCAAGAAAUAGUUCAGUCGAGAAAUAUUGCAAAGCAUCUAAUAUUACACAACUGGAUAAGGACACAGUAUUGUACCAUGUUGUACCUGGAGAUAAAUUCUUCCCCGAAGACCUGAAAAAUGGAGUUCACAGAAGCACAAUGUUAGGAUUUUCCUACUGGCUGAUGUUUUAUAAGGAUACCAAUCAGACCUACGUAAACAAAGUCCUUUUGGAAGGUCCAGUUGUUGAAACAAGAAAUGGGAUGUUGAUUGGGGUUUCCCAAGUUCUACAAAUCCAGAAAAAUCGCUGCACUGCCAAUAUCACAACAGUUGAAAAGGGAAGAUGCAUGAAGUGUGGAAGAAAGCUCAGGUGCCCAAAAGGAUCAGUACUGGAGAAAACACCAGAGAAAGGGAGCAGUCGUCAUUGCACAUACAGGUCUGGAAAGCAGAGACUGGUUGGCUGCUAUCUCACGUGCGUCAAAGUUUCCUUGGUCUCUCUCUGCUGCCCGGGUUACUAUGGCCAUAUGUGCGAGAUGUGCCCGGGGAAGCCGGGCAGCUGGUGUUCCGGCAAUGGGGAGUGCCAGGAUGGCACUGAUGGCAGCGGGGAGUGCCGAUGCCGAGAAGGCUUCCACGGCACGGCCUGUGAAAUGUGCCAGCCUGGACGGUACAGCACCAACUGCUCCCUGGAAUGCAAUUGCCAGAAUAAAGCAAUCUGCAGCGAUGGUCUGCUGGGGAACGGGAGCUGUGAAUGUGCUGCCGGCUUUGAAGGGCCCUUCUGCGAGCAAGAAAUUAAAAAGGAUCUCUGCAACGGCACUUGUCAUGAGAAAGCCAAUUGCAUCAAUGACACCACCACUUCCCAACCCACUUGCCUGUGUUCUGCUGGAUAUACUGGCAACGGAAGCCAUUGUUCAGAAACAGAUCUUUGCACAGUGGCUAAUGGUGGCUGCUCCAAACAUGCCUACUGUGCUAAAGCUGGAGCUGGUAGAAGAACCUGCACCUGCAAGGAAGGCUAUGCUGGAGAUGGGACCCUUUGCCGGGAAAUUGAUAGGUGCUUAGAAAAUAAUGGAGGAUGCCACCAAUAUGCAGAGUGUGUUAAAACAGGCCCAGGUUUGGUUGCUUGCAACUGUCUUCCCAAAUAUACGGGGAAUGGCAAAGACUGCACGCCCAUCAAUCCUUGCAUGGAGAACAAUGGAGGCUGCAGUCCACUAGCCAUCUGCCUUAAAUCUGCUCCUGGGAAUCGGACCUGCUUGUGUUUGUGGGGCACUGGUGAUGGUUUUACAUGCUUGAGGACUGUCUGGCAGGAGUUCAUUGCAAAUGAAGCUGCAGUACCAUUCUUUCAUUAUAUAGAGAACCACGGCAUCACUGAGAUGAUGGGAAUGGGAACAUACACGCUCUUUAUCCCAUAUGUUAACCACCUACGGGAUAGCACCACAUUUUCAGAAUGGCAAGGAGAGGGCUUCAUCGCAGACUUGCUCCGCUACCAUGUGGUCAUCUGUCAGGCACUCCAGCUGGACGACUUGGACUCACAAGAUUCUAUUACAGCUUUGUCUGGACACAAAAUAAGGGUUUCUGUGAAAGAAGACACUGUCUAUUUAAAUGACGAAGCAAAGAUCAUUCGAAGUAUUCCUGCAUCAAAUGGUGUCGUACAUUUCAUUGACAAGAUAUUAAUCCCAUAUGACCUGAAGCAUCACGGCAUUCCAUCCAGUUUAUCAGUGCAAAACAUCACCGAGGUUGCAGAGGCUUACGGCUACAAAAUUUACAGCAGGCUUCUAAAGGAGGCAGGACUUCUUAGUGUGGUUAACAACACCUUGCACCAACCCUUCACCAUGUUGUGGCCUACAGAUGCAGCAUUUAAUUCCCUUCCUUUGGAUAUGCAAAAAUGGCUGUAUCAUAAAGACCAUCGGAGCAAGCUGGCUGCAUAUCUGAAAGGGCACAUAAUCAGAGAAAAGAAGCUGCUGGCUUCCCAGCUGACAGAGACUAAGGCACUGAGGACUUUCCAUGGAUCUACCAUCUCAUUCAGCUGCGGAAAAACAAGUGCUGGGGACAUCUUAGUGGACAAUGGCAAUGCACAGAUCGUACAGAGAUAUAUGAAAUUUGAUGUAGGUAUCGCUUACGGUAUUGAUCAUCUGCUAGAACCUUCAGAUUUGGGAUCCCGCUGUGAUGAGUUUCGUUCUGUUGAGUCCUCGGAUUCUCUGUGUGGUCUCUGUGGCUCUGAGCCCCAUUGCCCUCCAGGAACAACUGAAUUGGGGGAAAGCCAGAGUUGUACACCUUCCACAGGGUCGUAUUUCAACAGUGGGUGGAGUUACCACAGAAGGAAGCCUUAUUGGUGGCAAACUUCAUCCAGGGCGAACAGAAUGCGCCUUCGCACGAAAACUUCACUGAGAUAUUGCAAGAGAACAUGCUUUGAAACCAAAUGGAUCCCCCAGUGCUGUGCAAACCACUAUGGAAAAGAUUGCCUGGUAUGUCCCGGGGGGCUGGAGGCACCAUGCAGCAAUCACGGUACCUGCGACGAUGGGCAUCCAGGCUCGGGAAGAUGCAACUGCAGCGCGGCUUACAUUGGGACAGCCUGCGAGCACUGCAGCCCAGGCCGCUACGGGCCAGACUGCAAAGAGUGCAAUUGUUCAGAGAAUGGGAUAUGCAAUGAAGGACUGCUUGGAGACGGCUUCUGCUUCUGUGCGGCAGGAUGGACGGGCGAGAACUGUGAAGUUGAAUUAGCCGCACUGCCUCAGUGUUCCCCAGCCUGCCACCGGAACGCUGUCUGCCGAGCCAACAACACCUGCGAAUGCAACUUAAAUUAUGAGGGAGAUGGAAGGACCUGCACAGUGAUUGACCUGUGUGGAAACGACAACGGUGGCUGCAGCUAUCACGCCAACUGCACACAGGUUGGGACGGAUGUUUUCUGUAGCUGCUUCCCAGACUAUGAGGGAGAUGGCUCCGUCUGCCUCCCCAUAGACCGGUGUGCAGAUGGAAGGAACGGAGACUGCAGCGAGCACGCCACUUGCAUCUACACCGGCCCCAAUUCUCGGCGGUGCGAGUGCAAAGUGGGUUAUGUGGGAAACGGAAUCCAGUGCUUGGAGGAAGCCGUCCCACCCACAGACCGGUGCUUGGAGGACAACGGGCAGUGCCACCCUGACGCGGUCUGUACUGACCUGCAUUUCCAUGACAAAACCGCUGGCGUCUUCCACCUACAGUCUCCCGGGGGAAAGUACAGCUUUACUUAUCAAGAGGCCGAAGCCGGUUGUGCAGCUGAGGGAGCUACCAUGGCCACCCUUCAGCAGCUCUCUGCUGCGCAGCAGAUGGGUCUCCACCUGUGCAUAGUCGGCUGGCUUUACAACAGAUCGGCAGGUUACCCCACGGUGUACCCAAGCAAGAAGUGUGGUGCCCAUCAUGUUGGGAUUGUGGAUUAUGGCUAUCGAAUGAACGCCAGCGAGAAGUGGGAUGCCUACUGCUACCGAGCGCAAGAUGUCCAGUGUUACUGUGGCGACGGAUUUCUUGGAGACGGCUACAUGUGCGUGGGGAGUGUGUUGGCAGUGCUGGCCCAGCAUGCAAACCUCUCUGUCUACUAUUCUAUGAUACUGGAUUAUGCAAAUGCCACCCAAGAAGGACUAGAUUUCUUUAAUUUCCUCUCCAGAGACACCAGCUACAAAACUCUUUUUGCACCCCUGAAUUCUGGCUUUGGGGACAAUACGUCUUUAACGCUGAAUAACCUGAAGCUUCACGUGUCUGUGAGUGAUGUGCUCCUCCUGAGCACCAAUCUCACAGCUGGCACAAUCAUCCCUUCCCAAGCAGGAUACAACCUUUCCAUUGCUGAUUCUGUCAACAGCUCCCGACUCCCUGAUUCUAAGAUGAUCAAUAAUACACUGAUAGUUGAACUGGAUAUUCUGGCCUCCAAUGGGAUCAUUCAUGCUAUUGAGAGUCCUUUGAUGGCACCGCUCCACCACGGCCAGUUUGAUCAGAUUGUGCAUCCUGUAACAUCACCGGCUGUUGCAACCAUCAGUGCGGGUGCAGUUGUCGCCACGCUGCUGCUGCUUGCUGCUGUUGCCGGAGGGUCCUACUGCUACCUCAAAAGGAACAACCAAAGAUUCCAGUUUCGAUAUUUUAAGGCAGAGCUGGAGGAAGAAGAAUCUUCUCCCUGGGAGGAAAGGAGCCCGCACUCAGUGUCCAUCCCUAAUCCCAUUUACGGAGCAGAUACUUCACUGUAUGAGCCAUUUGAGGACCCUCUUUGUGAAGAAGAUUUUUCAGAUACUCAUGGAAUCCUUGGGCAUUGAAGCAGAUCUCUCUAUAUAUUGCAAUAUAAACAGGAAAGCUUCUUCAAGAAGUCCUACUGCCCAGAAGGAACAGAAUGUGGACUUGAUGGUUGUGGAUCUCUAAGAUGUCUUGCCUGGCUGUGCAGUGGGGACAAAUUAGCAAGGGACUUUUGGAUUAAUUAUAAAAGCUUGACAA